AUGGAACUGAAGGAUAGAGAUGAAUUGGAGUAUUAUAAAGUGUGGGAUAGAGGGUAUAAAUGGUUGGACAAUGGACACAAAAAUACUGUAAUAUAUUAUCAAAGCUACCAGCACAUUCUUGCUUUAGUGUUUGCCAUCGAGGAGAUCAAUGAAAAUCCUCAGAUGCUGCCCAAUAUCACGCUGGGCUUUCACAUCUACAAUAGCAAUUUUAGUCCAGCUUUUUACAUUGAUUAUAAUCAAGUGAUAGAUGAUGCAAUCCAAAUAUACCAAGUUCUCAUGAACAGCACAGCUAAUGUCAUAGUCCUAUAUGGUGAAAUUCACACAAAGGAGAUUGAAGACUUUCCAAAGUUUCUUGAGAGCAUAAGUCCAAUCAACAACCAGCAUGAUUAUUUUAGGAAAGAUUUCUGGGAACAGUCCAAGCAAAGAAUAUUAGUGAAAGAAGAAGGCAGCAGUUUCCGAAUCAAGUGUUAUGGCAGAAUAUUUUAUCAAAACUACCAGCACAUUCUGGCUUUAGUGUUUGCUCUCAAGGAGAUCAAUGAAAAUCCUCAGAUGCUGCCCAAUGUCACACUGGGCUUUCACAUCUACAACAGCAAUUUUAGUCCAGGUUGGACUUACCUCGCUUCCAUGGGGCUUCUCUUCACCCAGGGCAGAUUCAUUCCUAACUACAAAUGUGGGGUACCGAAAAAUCUGGCUGCUGUCCUUGUGGGUCCUGACAUCAGUCUCCAUGGUGCAACUAUUCUGAGCAUCUACAAAGUUCCUCAGCUGACAUAUGGUUCUGCACCAGUGAUGGAUGAAGAGACUCAAGCAGUUUUCCUCCAACAAAUGUUUCCAAAUGAAUCCCACCAGCAUACGGCUCUUCUCCAGUUAUUGUUGCAUUUUAGGUGGAUCUGGAUUGGAGUUCUUGCUGUGAAUGAUGACAAUGGAGAGAAAUUUGUCCAGCAGGUUCUUCCCAUGUUUUCUCAGCAUGGCAUCUGCUUUGAUUUCAUACAAGACUUUCCUUAUGUAGCUUUUUACAUUGAUUAUAACCAAGUAAUAGAUGAUGGAUUCCAAAUAUACCAAGUUCUAAUGAGGAGCACAGCCAAUGUCAUAGUCUUAUAUGGUGAAAGUAGGUCCAUAACUUUUCUGAGAAUGUACUUGCAAUUGGCAGAAGUGGAUGAUAUACCAAAGAAGACAAAAAUCUGGGUGACAACAGCUCAGACAGAGUACACUUUGAUAUCCUUUCAUAAAUCGUGGGAUAUCCAUUUCUUGCAAGGUGCUUUAUCCUUUGCAGUUCACACAAAGGAGAUUGAAGACUUUCCAAAGUUUCUUGAAAGCAUAAGUCCAAUCAACAACCAGCAUGAUUAUUUUAGGAAAGAUUUCUGGGAACAGGCAUUCAACUGUUUCUUCACCGGUCCUGAAACAGAGAACAAAUGUACUGGGCAGGAGAGACUUGAGACCCUUCCCACAUCUGUCUUUGAAACACGCAUGAGUGGCCAGAGCUAUAAUAUUUACAAUGCAGUACUUGCUGUGGCACAUUCUUUGCAAUCUCUGUAUUUAUCAAAGUCCAGGCAAAGAAUAUUAGUGAAAGAAAGAAGGCAGCAGUUUCCAAAUCAAGUGUUAUGGCAGAUUGAAACAGAAAAUAUGUUGGACAUAUUUAGUAACUGCUACCCUUUAUUUUUCCUGAAUAAUCUGUCAGCACCACCUUUUUCUUUAUGUAAUGAUCCUUGUCAGGCAGGAUACAGCAAGGUCAAGAAAGAAGGGGAGUCAUUUUGCUGUUAUGAUUGUCUUCCAUGUCCAGAGGGGAAAAUAUCAAAGGAGAAGGACAUGGCUGAUUGCUCUCUGUGCCCAGAUGAUUAUUAUCCAAACCCUGAAAGAAAUGUAUGCCUUCCAAAGCAGAUUAGCUUUUUAUCCUAUGAAGAACCCCUGGGGAUCAGUCUUACUGCCCUUUCUCUUUGUUUUUGUUUUAUGACCACUUUGGUGCUUAACAUUAUCAUUAAACAUAAAGAUACUCCUAUUGUUAAAGCCAACAACCGGAAUCUCACCUACAUGCUUCUUGUUUCUCUCCUACUUUCCUUCCUUUGUGUGUUUUUAUUUAUUGGGAGACCCAACAAAAUUCUGUGUCUCCUUCGUCAACCAGCUUUUGGGCUCAUCUUCUCUGUGGCAGUUUCUUGUGUAUUGUCCAAGACCUUUGUAGUGGUUCUAGCAUUUAUGGCCACCAAACCCGGCUCCAAAAUGAGGAAAUGGGUGGGUGGAAGAAUGGUCACUUUUAUUCUUUUUUCCUGCUCCCUUGUUCAAACCACUAUUUGCAUAGUAUGGUGGACAAUUUUUCCACCAUACCCAGAUGUUGAUAUGAAGUCAAUGUCUGAAGAAGUCAUCCUGGAGUGCAAUGAGGAAUCGAUCAUGUUCUACUGCGUUUUGGGAUUUAUGGGCCUCCUGGCUAUGAUCAGCUUCUCUGCUGCUUUUCUAGCUAGGAAGUUACCUGACAGUUUCAAUGAAGCCAAAUUCAUCACCUUCAGCAUGUUGGUCUUUUGCAGUGUUUGGCUUUGCUUUGUUCCAACUUAUUUAAGCACUAGGGGAAAAUAUAUGUUGGCUGUGGAGAUCUUCUCCAUGAUCUCCUCCAGUGCUGGAUUAUUAGUGUGUAUCUUUUUCCCAAAGUGUUUUAUCAUUGUAAUUAGACCUGAACUGAACGAUAAGCAUCAGUUAAUGAAAAGAAAAUUAUAA